UUUAAUUCGCUUCACCAGGAAUCCAUGCACAUAUCGCCGACGCCGGUGACUGAUGUUAGUAGGUCGGCGUUAGUAGGUCUGCUAUUAUUCGAUGAGCCGCGGAAGAACCGAGCUCAGUUGCGUGAUAAACGUGGAGCACCCAGCAGAAGGGAAAUCGAGAAAAUGAGUUUGCGCUGGAUUCAUGAGAAUCUAGAAGCGCCAAUGUGUGACGAGGAGUGCAGCGAUAUCGACGACAGUUGCAGCGACGAUAGCUGCGACACGGAAUUGUUCCUCCAGGAGACGGAUGUGAUGAAGAAUGAAAAAGAUAUCGCUCGCGAUGGACGAAAGAAGAGGGAAACCAGAAGAGUCCCGAAUUCGACCGUUACAUUCGAUGGGAACGGAACGCCACGCAACAAUGAACGUAACUGCAAAUCACGCAAAUAUCCUCCUUAUAUAAUAUGGGAUCCACGACAACCAGCAAAAAAUCCUAUCUAUAAUUGCCGGAUAAUUAAGUUGUACUGUCGCACCGGAUAUCAUCUAGCAAUUACGCCAUCGGGACGAGUGGAAGGAUUAUCCGGAAACAAGGAGCCAUAUGAUCUGCUUUACGCAACGCCGGUAUCUUUUGGCGUUAUUAGAAUACAAAGCAUCGAAACGAGGCUGUAUUUGGCAUUCAACAAGAAAGGGCGGUUGUACGGAGAGAUAAAUAUGGCUAAUGAAAACACCGAAUGGGAACAAUGGAGCAUUGGUUCCUACGACGCGUUCAGAUCGCGUAAAUAUGUGCAAUAUGGAUGGUGGAUAGGAAUAAAGAAAAAUGGACGAGCAAAGCCUGGGUCGAAAACAUUUUGGGGACAAAAGGCUAUACAAUUUUCGGCUAUCCAAGAGGAUUAAUUGGUUAAUUUGAAACUUUUUCAAAAUACAAACACGCUUUACAGGGUAUGCCUCUUAUUUUCGAUAAUUCAUUCGUUACGUAAACUUUCUCGGAAAGAAAUUCAAGACGGUGAUGAACGAGUGUUCUAUGAGCUGCAACGAUGUCGUAUGAUAAAGAAAAAGAAAAACAUUCAGAGGAAUCGAUAAUCAUCGAACAAUAAUAUUCCAAUAGAAUAUGUUUAUUAUAACACUGUGUUACUCAACAUAAUGGGAUACUCAAAUUUGGGACUGUGCAUUCUUUUUGUAUACUUAAACUAAAACUAUUGCAAGUUGCAAUUUCUUAUUCAUAGUAGAUACAUAUUUGUUAUUACAUGUCAAUCGGUAAAUCAAAUCAUUAAGCAAGAUUGUUUACGUACGACGAUUAUUGUGUACUGGAAUCGUUUCGUAAAUAGCAGAAGUUGUGAUUAUUUUGCUUAUAUUAUAUGCACAAACAUUAGCUUUUUGU